AGGCCACAGUGGAGGUGGUGCGUGACAGCUGCCCUCAGCCCACGCUGGUGCUGGCGGUGGGCAAGGAAACCCUGACCAUCAGCUGCCAUGAGGUGGUGAGCAAUGGCCAAGCAGAUGAGCGUGCAGUGGCCUUCAUCGUCUACAAGGAAGUAGAGAGGUUGCUGAGUAACAUCACGAAGGGAAAGAUCAACUCCCACGUGGUUGGUGGCACUGUGGCAAAAGCUGGCAGCACCUUUAACGGCACCUUCAACAUCACCCUGCAGCACCACACGGUGAACGGCACCAAAGGCCACUGGGUGCCCUCGGGCUGCACCCGUGUUGGGGGUGACACCCUCCACUCCAUCUGUGCCUGCAACCACUUCUCCACCUUCGCCAUCCUCAUGGCCGUCCACCCUAUCACGGAGAGCUUUGCGCUGAUAGUGGUGACCUACGUGGGGAUGUCAGUAUCGUUGGUCUGCCUCUUCCUCGCCAUCGUCACCUUCCUCCUGUGCCGCUCGCUCUGGAGCGUCAGCAUCACCCUCCACCUGCAGCUCAGCAUCUGCCUCUUUGCUGCCGACCUCCUCUUCCUCGUGGCUGCAUCUUACGUUGCCAACCAGCUGGCAUGUGCCAUCAUAGCGGGCUUGCUCCACUACCUAUUCCUCGCCUGCUUUGCCUGGAUGUUCCUGGAGGGUUUGCACCUCUUCCUCACUGUCAGGAACCUGCGUGUCCUCAACUACACCAGCACCAGUCGCUUCAGGAAAAGAUACAUCUACCCUGUGGGCUACGGCAUGCCGGCCAUUGUGGUGGCCAUCUCCGCCGCCAUCCAUCCUGGUGGCUACGGCACUGAGCACUACUGCUGGCUGAGCAUGGAGGGAGGCUUCAUCUGGAGUUUCCUCGGUCCCAUCUGUGUCAUCAUCCUGGUUAAUUUGCUAUUCUUUCUCACUACCCUCUGGACUCUACGGGACAAACUCUCCUCCCUCAACGCUGAUGUCACGGCCUUAAAAAACACCCGGGUGAUGACGUUCAAGGCGCUGGCACACAUCUGUAUCCUGGGUUGCACGUGGGGACUGGGCUUGCUGCAGGCACAGGGGGACAACAUAGUGGUGGCCUUCAUCUUCACCAUCAUCAACACCCUGCAGGGAGCCUUCAUCUUCCUCGUGCACUGCGUCCUCAACCGGCAGGUGAUGGAGCAGUACCGGCAAUGGUUUAGGGCGCUGGGGCGACAAGCGUACCCCCACGAGAUGCCCACCAGCGAGAUACAAGUCACCUAUGUCACG